CAGCAACAACAACAGGCGCCGAAAAAGCAAGCGUUUACGUUGCACUGCCGCCAAACUUCCACAACAGUCGUCGAGUACACUUAAUUGUAAUAGAUACCCAGUGGACGAACGACAACGCCAGCCAACUUUGACUAGGCGCGCGAUUUUCGACGCAAAAAUAAGUGAAAUAUAAUUUACGAAAAAAAAUAAAAUAAAAUAAUAAAACAAUAAAAGGAACGCCAGAUGCCAGCGGCAGUGUAAAACAGUGACCAACAGUUUGAAGCGUCCAUCCAAACUUUCAGUUGGCGCUCGAAAAUUUGCGUGAAAUGAAAUUAAAUAUUUUGUGGCUUAUUAUAAAUGAGACAAAUUUUGGGUGGAGCGAACGUACAAAAAGCAAUAAAAAAAUCACAAUUAUUACCAAACAAAAAGGAACAUAUUGACAGCGGCUACAAGUCUGGUGGCGUAUAAAAAUCUUGCAGAGUAGUGUUUCGGCUAUUUUGAUGAUUGAAUGAUAAAAAAUAAAUAUUUCAUUUGAAUUGUGGAUUAAAAACGCCAAAUAACAACACACUAAAAAACGCAGAAAACCAAAACAGUACAAGAAAAACAAAUAUUACCAAAACCAAAUGAUAUUGCAAAUUAAUUGCAAAAUCAAUUUGAAAAAUUGAAUUUCAACAGCGCAACACAAAAAAGUGGUGUCAAACCGCAGUUGAACUUAAUUAAAUUUUACACACUUACAAACGAACGCAAGCGACCGAAAAAACAUAAUAUAAAAUUGUGAGCGGCGAUGGCUUUGACAAGCCGCACAAAACCGCUCAGCAUCACACCGUUUGUAGCUGUCGGUAUGUUGAUGUUUAUGCUGGUGUUGGGCAAUGCAAUUGUAGUCUUCAUGAAAUACAAAAACAACAACAAUGGAGAUGCAAGCGUUUCAAGCUUGGAAUAUACGAGUGGCAACAACAACCAAGUCAAAACUCAGCUAACCGGCGCCGUUGAAAUAACGCUGUUAACGAAUGAAUUAGCAACAACAAUUAGCGCGAAUCGGGGGAUAAACAACAAAAACAACACCUACAAUAUCUACAGCUAUGAGCAACAGCAACUUGAUGAAAUUAACGCCGCUGUUAAGCAUUCUACCGACACUAUGGCCACGCUUCGUCAGAAUAGUAAUAAUAAUAAUUUGCUGCACACUCUUCCCCUCACAUCUCAUAAACGUUUUGAUGAUGAAAUUAAUAUAAGCAACCAACGCCAUGAAUUAAAUGGCCAUCCAACAGCAGAUGAAGUAGACAAAAUGCCGGCGGCAACGAGUGAGUCUCACUCCUCAACGGAUAACCCGGUCGCUGAGGCGUUGAUCAAGCCAGUGGCUGCGGAGCGCGGUGAAGGCGCCGGUGUGCAAUAUACACCUUUGCAACAGCAGGAAAAUCAAGAAGGCCGAGGCAAUCUCGCAAAUACGGAAUUACUAUUACAUCGCCAAAAGCGCUAUUUGGUCUUUCCCGAAGGCAGUUCUUUUCAGUUGGUGUUUGAUCUCAUCAUCGGCAUUGUUGACUACACGAGUUAUGCUAUUUUGGGCAUCACUUGUGCCGUUGCCUGGGAACUGCCGAGUAAACCGCCCAGUGAAUUAAUCGAAAAUUUACAUGACAAAAUAUCCGAAGGCAUUUAUCCAACAAGUGGUACGAAACCAUCCACAACAGCAACAAUGACAGCGGCGAUGCGACGCAAUGACAGCGUUGGCAACGCCAAUGAGUAUGGCCUAGACGCUGCGGGCAUCAAAUAUGUGGAUAAUUCAAAUGUGGCAGCAUAUAGUAGCAGCAAGUAUGAAAAUUCGCUGCAGCAGCCGAUAGCGACAGUCGGGUUGGCACAAUCACCACAGCCGCACGAGAUAUCACCUUUAAUUGCCUACGAAACGGCACAUCAACCCAAUCUAUUCGCUGUGCCCACUACCAGUUAUAGUAGCUACCAUAAAGAGAUGCCUGACGCCCAUGAUGACAUUGCCAACAGUGCUUAUAGGCCGAUAAACUAUUACGCGAAUAUACAUAGUGACUACAAAAGCAGCAACAACAAGUAUUACCAUCCAACGCACAAAUACGGUUCUGCUGAUAAAAAUGCGAAGUCAAGUUACUAUGGUGUCAGCGACAGCUACAACAAAAACCCCUUUGGCAAUACAGCGCAUCGUGAUUCAACAGAUAAACUUCCAGUGAAUUUCGCCAAUCGGUGGCAGCAACAGCAACACCAGCAGCCACAGUACAAAAAGUGGCAAUCAUGGCAGGAUUAUGACAGCAACUGGCAGUCAUAUCAGCAGCCGCAGCAAAAGCAUACGAAAUGGGCACAACGGCAACAACAGCAAAAAUGGUCAACUCAGUCGAAAUAUGUGGGGAAGGACAAUUGGUGGUCGCGCAACAAGCCACAUGUUACGGACAGUUGGCGCACAAAGCAAGCUGAUGGUUCGACUAACCGUGUGCGCAAUCCCGGAGUUCCAAUGCAACCUCGGCAGCCUGUGCUGACUUAUGCACCAGCUAGUGCCAGCCCGAAACAAACGGAAGCUACAGACAACUCGAAUGCCGAUACCGUGGAAAGCCGCAACUUUGAUGAAGCUCAACGCCGCCUACUCACAACACGCCCAAAACCCAGAAUUUAUCCAGUCUUCGGACGUCGGCGACGGAGGCGACGUAGCGUCGAUGCCGAAUUUGGUGAUUUCGAAUAUAAACUGGAGCAUAUACACUUGCGUGAGCAACUGCGUUCGCGGCAAAAGCUUUAUGGCAAAAUUGAGAAACUCUAUGAAACCCGCGGCAUGAACGGCAGUGCCUGUGUGUUGCGUGCGCUUUGCGAAACUGGACAGCAACAACAAAACUAUGAAGAGGAUACAGCGGAACCACAAAGUUUCAUCACGGAACUCUUGCGCGCCAUUUUCGUGCUGCCCACAACUGGCGCGCGUACAGGACUUGACAAUACUGUGAACGCCGAAGAGCCGGCUCUACACCCCACCGACUUGCAAAUCAUUGAACGCCCGUACAGGGAAGCGCAAGCGCAUCGUGGCAGUUGUUCUCAACUUUUUACCAUGUGUGAGCACAGCAUCUGGGAGUGAAGUGGCAGCAUAAUAAAUGAUGAAAAACAAAUAUGGAGAUGAGAAAUACAAAAAAAGUGCAAAAUAAUACCGAACUGUCAAACUGUGGAGUUUCUUUAACUAGAAUUGUUUUCGCUAUGCAAAGGAAUUUUUUUGCUCAACUCUCAUUCCUAGUCUGCCUUUGGCUCUGCCGAUUCUCUUCUGAUGUAAUAAAUAUCCAUUAUUUAAUGUUAUUCAUAUUACCAUUGUGGAUUAUUCAACAAUUUCAUUUAAAACGUUACAGAAUCGUUUAAAUCUUAAGGACAAAACAAGCUUUAUGUUAAAAUUCAAUAUAAUAUUUAAGUUCAUCUGCAGAAAGACUGAGCAGCAGGUUUCCCACUUGAAAGGUUGAAACACCAGUCCUUCGUGAUUUAAAAUGGCAUUAAAUUACCCUCAAGAAUCGUCGAUACGAUACGAUGGCGGAUGACCAAUUUGCUCGUGAUGAUGAAAUGGUUUCAUCUCGACAUUCUUCGAACAACUUUGGUGUUUGCCGUCGGUCAUGAUUAUCCUCACCCAACGUAUGUGUUAUAGACAAUCGCUGAGCCUUGCUACCAGCAAGUAAUUCAAUUGACCUCGAAUUGACGAUGGAUCUCGCAGACAUCAAUUGAAGCUCCCCGACCUUCACGUAACCUCAGUUGUCUAGUGCAAGUGGAAGCGGCUAAUCGUUCCAAG